CUUUCCCUGACCAGUCUGAUGAUGAGAUACUAGUAAUUGUUUUGUUAAUUAUCAAGUUGACAGGAUGCAUGUGCUGUGAAUAAAGGAAAGAUAGCAUUCUGUAACUAGGAAGCUUAGUUCCCUGUUGUCUCACAUGCUUUAUCAUUCUGACAGAUUAACUGGAUAUGCAAACAUAAAGACGGACUUUAUUGAUUUCUUUGAUUUAUGGAAUCAAGAACUUUGUUUCAGCAACAACAUAGUUUUAGAUCGCUGGAGAUAAGAUGUUGUGAACACAGUACUUGCAGUUUAUGAAUCAACAUGGCUGCUUGUAACAUCAGUUCAACAGAUGUGAAUUUUCUUCAUACAAACAUCUCUAACCUUCAGACUGUAAUUAGAUGGAUGAAGUUUUGUCAAAUUGUAUACAAGGAUCACUGUGACCUAGAUUUACUAGAACCAACUCUAACAAAUAUUCCAACACUAAAGACAGAAGCCACACAUUCUGACUGUUUCAAUACCAAACAGCUAGCAUCUUACUGUAUUUGUUUAUUACUCAGUGCUUCUAUCUUGGUGGCUAACUCUUUAAUCAUAGCAGCUUUCAUAACAAGCAGAAAACUUUUGACCAGCUCAAAUUUGCCAAUUUUGAGUCUGGCAUGUUCUGAUCUUCUUACAGGAUUAGCAUUCAUCUAUCCCACAUCAUGGGGACUGAUAAUACUUGUGACUGGUUAUGAUUUUGAUAUCUUUAAAGUAUUGGAGUAUGUGACAAAGAGACAGAACUAUUAUCUAUGUUUGUUGUUGGACGGUCCUGGACUUCUGUUUGCAUGCAUGAUGUCCUCAGUUUUAAGUCUGGGUAUUAUUGCUGGAGAGAGAUAUAUUGCUGUGUUUCACUCUUACAGAUAUCCUUAUUGGAUAACAACAACAAGAAUGGUACUGGCAAUAGUUAUACUGUGGAUUAUUUCAUUAAUUGUUGCCAUUUUACCAUUGUUUGGUUGGAAUAAUUGGACUGGAAGUUGCCAACUACUAAACAUGAUGCAUUCUGGGUAUUUAAUCUUUUGGACAAUAAUAUGUUUUAUUUGUGGAUUUCUAAUUUUGUUUGUAUAUAUUCGUAUUUUCUGUCUGGCCAGAAAACAUCGCCGUCAAAUUGAGGCUGCACAAGUUACAAAUACAAGCAUGAGUAGUCUGCAUACAUCAACAACCUCAUCUUACGAGAGACGAAAAUCACGGAAGUCUGCAACAAAAACUGACACAUCUUCAUCCAUGAUUGAAGGGAGACAAUCGGAAACAAAUGAGAACCAGACGGUAACAAUCGUAAAAACUAUUUCUGGGAAUAAUGCAGCUCUGCAUAGAUCAGAUACUGAGGAAAGUGACAAAACUGAAGUAUUUAAGUCUGAAAUUGGUGACAAACCAGACACUACGGAAAGUAAAUAUACAACAAAAGAGAGACAACAACAACCACGGUUUCUAAAGAAAUCCCAAAGUAAAAGCAUAUUCAACAAUAUAAAUAUGAAAGCUAUACGUACAACAUCCAUGAUUCUGGGAGCAUUUUAUAUUUGCUGGAGUCCAUUUUUAAUCUACAUGUUGGUGUAUCAUAGCAACACAGACACGAGUUAUAACAUCACUGCAUACUAUCUAGCCAUUGUUACACAACUCAACUCAUUAUUUAAUCCAAUACUUUAUGGAUUUAGACAUUUGGAAAUCAAACAAGCAAUCAGAAAAAUGUUUAAAUGUAAAAGAUGUUGUUCAAAUCAACCAAACUUUUAGA